AUGGCAUCCCUUCCCAAUGCCGACUCGUCCAGACCGCACAACGGCUCAUGUGCGCCUCCAUCCAAUGAAGACGUCACCGAAGGGUCCCGCGCCAGGCCAUUGACAACGGGCGCAGAAGACGACGAGCGCCGCGGUCGGUCCACGCUCCUGCGGCCCGAGUCCUCACAUUGCAACUUGAGCGCUCGUCGGCCGCUCACGCGAGGCGAGUCCAACGCGGUCCGUGCGCUUCGCGGACAUGGACCACCCUCAGAGCGGGGCAAGCACGCCGCGGCAGUCACCGUUGUGGACGCAAGCAAGAACGAAUAUGGAACAGCUGUUGGUAUUGACUUGGGCACUACCUACUCGUGCGUUGGUGUGCAGCGUGGCGGUCACGUUGAAAUCAUCGCCAACGACCAGAGACACCGUAUUACACCGUCAUGGGUCGGCUUCACCGACGACGGGCGACUGAUUGAUGGCUCGGCCAAGAACGCCUUCCACACGAACCCCAAGAAUACGGUCUUUAAUGCCAAGCGUCUCAUUGGCCGCAAGAUGGACGAAGCUGAUAUCAAGCGCGACAUGAAGAACUGGCCAUUCGAAGUCAUCAAGGGCGGCAAACCGGUCAUCUCUGUCGACCACAAGGGCAAUACCCGCGAGUUCACACCCGAGGAGGCUUCCGCCAUGGUGCUUACCAAGGUGAAGGAGACCGCUGAGGCUUACCUCGGCGAGAAGGUCACUCACGCCGUCGUUACUGUCCCUGCCUACUUCAACGAUGCUCAGCUUCAGGCCACCAAGGAUGCCGGUACCAUCACCGGUCUCCAGGUCUUCCGCAUCAUCAGCGAGCCCACGCCUGCUGCCAUGGCGUACGGAUUCAAUAAAAAGGGCGGAGAGUCUCAGAUCAUCGUCUAUGACCUCGGUGGCGGUACCUUCGACAUCUCCCUCCUCUCCAUGGCGUCUUUGAGGUUCUGGCUACCGCUAGUGAUACUCACCUUGGUGGUGAAGACUUCGACAACCGUGUGUAUUGAGGGCCUCAACUCCCUCUCGUCGUUUGUUCACGGUCUCAAGUCCUAUCCUGGCGACCAGUCAGCGAUGCUGACGACGAUUUCACUAUCAUAA